AUGGCAGCUACUUGUCUUUGUGAUGUUGUUGCUCUGAAGGGUCGAAUUCAUAGAAACAUUGGAAUACCUGCUAUUUGUGAAAUAUCAUCAGGAUGUUUUAUGGGAGAAAGGAAUCAAUUAAUUUCGGCUUGGCUAUUCCGGACCAAUCAGAAACGCUUGAUGACCAGAAGCAGAAGAGUGCAAGACAGGAGUAAGAAGAAAAGGAUCCAUGAUCUUGAGAUAGCAACCGAACGGUGGAAAGUAGUAUCUAAACUGCUGGUCAUGAUGGAAAUUCUCAGAAAGGAACCCGAGCAAAUAGCAUUGUUAAGAAGAUUAGAACAGUAUCGGCAGCAAAUUAAUUUGAAAAAGCCGGAUAAAGUUUCAGACUUCAUUCACAAGUCCCCCGAGAUUUUUGAAUUAUAUCGGGACAAGAAUGGGGUUGUUUGGUGUGGACUUACAAAGCGAGGAGAAGGUCUUGUAGAGGAAGAAACUCGGCUUUUGGAAGAGCACUUGGGAAACACAGUUGAGUAUGUGACUAGAUUGUUGAUGAUGUCUGUAAAUAAAAGGCUUGCGCAUUUUAGGCGGGACUUGGGUCUUCCUUAUGAUUUGAGGAACAAAUGGAUCCAUAUGUUUCCGGAGCAUUUCAGGGUUAUAAAAAUAGAUGAUGUUGAAUACUUGGAGCUAACGUCUUGGAAUCCUUCUUGGGCAGUUACAGAGUUGGAGAAGAAAUCGGUUGCCGGGGCAAGUUCCGAGCUUCACUCUCUAGGAGUACUCACCUUCCUUAAUAAAAAUGGAUAA